GGGAGCAAGUCCAAGUCACACGAGGACCUGGAGCUUUACUGAAUAGUUGGCGAUUAACAGUUCAGUGCAACAAUGAAAGUCCUGCUUCUGCCUCUGGCCCUGCUGUUCCUCACAGGUGCACAAGGACGCUACUUUUGGCAGAGUGAUGAACCUAAACAUGAAGAAUCUCUACAGAGUAUAUCUAAAAUAUUUCAGAGUGCAGUUGCAAUUCUAACAGAUGUUGUGAAAAACCUGGAGUAUUCAGAAAUUGCAAAAGAAUACAAACUUAAGGAGAAGUUACAAGAAGCAAAGGAAAAUGCUAAUAAAAUGGAGGAUAUUAUCGAAGACUACUUUGAAGAAAUCAAGAAGAAAUUGGAUGAGGAGCUUCUUAAAAACUUCCCAGUGUUCAAGACCAAGGUUGUACCUAUUAUUGAGGACUUUGACGACAAAGUAGAAGAACAUCUGAAGACAUUUGUUAAGGAAGUUGUGCCCAUAGGAUCUGAGCUUUUUGAUGGUGUAAGUAAGCAUGUGACGAGCUUCUUGGAAAAUCUGGGAUCCGUAGCAGAGAAGGGUCGGGACAAUCUGCGAGAAGAAAUAGACAUCCUGCGUGGCAAGCUGCAACCUUACGUGGAUGAUGUCCGGGCAGAGUAUGAGAAGUAUAGCAAGGAGGUGAAAGAUGGAAUGGAUGACAAGGCUUCUGAGCUAAAGGAACAAAUGAGAAAGAAGGUGGAUGACCUAAGGUUGAAAGCUAAACCUUAUCUCAAGUCUCUGGAGAAACAUGGUUCUGAAAAUGUUGAGGAGGCCUGGAGAUAUAUUGAGAAUUUUCUGAAGGAACUUUACAGCUCUAAAGCUCAAUAAUAAGAGCAACAUCAGAGGAGAAAUCAAGACUUGCAAAGACUUGGAAUUGUCCUUGCUCAGAAAUGAUGACUCCAUUGAUUAAUGUCAUUUAUUGAACAUAACCUUUCUGAAAUCAUUCAUUACAUUUUAUUUCAUAGUCCCCGUCCCACACUAUAUUCACUACAAUAUUUCCAUCUAAUCUUCACUCAUUAAAUUUUUAAUAAAUAAAA